UCAUAUCGCUGCAAAAAGAAAUACUGGGAUGUCUAAUGUAGGUUAAAAGUUAAGCAACUAUUGAACACAAGUGUGAACGAAGCAUGCAUUGAUUUUUUUUAAAUCAAAUCUACGAGAAUUGUUUAGUCAAGUGCAGAAAUUGAAUUACUUUUAUUUUUUAUUUUCCUGCUGUCACUAUAUGGAUGGAAGCGGAUCCAAUGGUGGGGUUCAAUAUAUUGCCACGCAUCCGAUUCCGAUCUCCCCUCAAAUGUUUACGUUCAAUCAGGACAUAAACUGGUUGCGAAAAAAAUCUUUUUGACAGCUUACAUAUUUGGACAUAAACCGUCCAGACGCAGUAAUUACGCUGCAAAAAGGAAGUGAAUUCUUUACUCGUGCAAUUCAAAUCCACAACUUUAAAUUAGUGUGAGCUUUUAUGUGUGACAUUCGUUAAAAUUAAAAUGUAUUUUUCUAUAAAUUGUAGGACUUUGACUCAAAAUCAUCCUAAUUUUGUUUAUCUGUUUAUGACGCGCUGCAUGUCACGUGAUGUCCUAUUAUGACGUAGCUGUGACGUCAUCGGAAUUUAGAACGUUCGGAGCCUAAAAGGAGCAAAGGUGUUAGAUGAUUAACUUGAUCUGACUGAGGCAUCCAUUUGCAGAUACAUCAGUUGUGACUUGUACACAGCAUUUGUGAGCUUUAUAUAGUAAUUGCAAAAUGCCAGUAUCCUUUAAGUGGUCUUCUAGUGAGGAUAACAUGCAACAAAGAGACCUCAGCUGGCCGUUGCUUGUAAGCAAUUUGCACCCACUUGUGGACAAACUAAUGUUGCAUGUAGUAUUCGACCCAUUUGGACCCAUUUGUUCUCUGCAAGUGUUCAGAAGUAGAAAUAACUUCUGUCGUGGGUAUGCUUUGGUUACUUUUGAACAUCGCAGUGAUGCAAAAAAUGCUCUAGAGGCUCUGGAUUUUUCAGAGCUCUUGGACAAACGACCAAUGCAUGUCAUUUGGGCCGAUCACUUAUUGUUUGCCGGGCACUCUGAAAUUCCUGAUCUAUGUGAAGACAUCUCAUUCUUUGGGCAAUUCCAGACGUGCAGAAUGCACAAAAAUAACAGCUUCGACCCCAAGGACAGCAGCUCUCAUGCACCGAGGUCAUUGCUUGUAAGUAACUUGAUGACAUGUGUGAGUGAAGAAGAGUUGCUGGAAGUAUUCAUCCCAUUCGGCCCUAUCUCCACUGUGCAUGUGUGCAGAAAUGAAUUAACCAAGGUCUCUCGCGGAUUUGGUUUUGUUACCUUUAAACAACGACGUGAUGCAGAAAGUGCUCUAGAGGCUCUGAAUUUUUCAGAGCUCUUUGGCAAAAAGGUGUGUAUCUCGUGGGUCCAAGACACGACCGCUGAGGCCCUAUUGAGGAGCAGCAGCCCUCAAGACAAUUGGGAUGUUCCAGAAGCAAGCCAUCCUAAGCCUGUCAAGCAAUCACUGGGGAGAAAGCUUGUAAAUACUGCGAAAAAUGCAUUAACAGCAGUUUUGACCAGCCCUGAAGGCUGGGUUGUCAUUGGUCUUUUGGCCACAGCAUGGGCGAUGAGGAAAAAUUAAUUCCCAUUCAGCCUACAGCCCUGCUGAUGGUGGACAAAAAUCCUCCCCAAACAUAAACAU